AUGUCCGCCUUCGCCUUGGAGGAAACGCUGGAGGCCGAUUGGGUGGCCGUCAGGCCUCACGCCUUCCAGGAGCGGGAGAAGCACAAGUUCGCCUUCAUCGUGGCCUGGAACGAGAUCGAGGGCAAGUUCGCCAUCACCUGCCACAACCGUACGGCGCAGCGCCAGCGGAGCGGCUCACGCGAGCUCCGCCGCAGCGGCCCCGCCGGCCCUGAGGCCAGAGCCGCCCUGAAGGCCAGCAGCCCUGCGGUGCGCAGGGACGCCGGUGUAUUGCGGGGCUCCUCGCAUCCCCGCGCGGAAGCGGGGCUGCGGAGCUCCGAGCGGGGCACAGCGGCUGAGGCGCUAUCUAAGAGUCCGCUGCGCACCAAGAGCAACGGGGCCCGGAGGCCGCAGCGGGGCCCGGAGGCGACAGGUGCCGCUGAAGAGAUCGAAGUGCUGGAGCUAGGGAAGGAGGAGGCAGCCGAACCGGCCGCUCCUGACGCGGAGCUCGGAGGGGAGGAGUGCAGCUGGGCCGGUCUUUUCUCCUUCCAAGACUUGAGGGCUGUGCACCAGCAGCUGUGCUCGGUGAACUCGGAGCUGGAGCCCUAUCUUCCUGCCUUCCCCGAGGAGCCCUCGGGCAUGUGGACGGUGCUGUUCGGAGCCCCGGAGCUAUCCGAGCAGGAGAUGGACGCUCUCUGCUACAAACUGCAAGUUUAUUUGGUCCAUAGCUUGGAUACCUGCGGCUGGAAGAUCCUUUCGCAGGUGCUGUUCACAGAGACUGACGACCCUGAAGAGUAUUAUGAAAGCCUGAGUGAGCUGCGACAGAAGGGAUACGAGGAGGUGCUGCAACGGGCUCGCCGGCGAAUCCAGGAGCUUCUGGAAAAACAUAAAAACACAGAAAGCAUGGUAGAGCUGCUUGAACUUUAUCAAAUGGAAGAUGAAGCCUGCAGUAGCCUUGCAGAAGCCACCACAGAGCUCUACCAGUAUUUGCUACAGCCAUUCCGAGAUAUGAGGGAACUUGCAAUGCUUAGAAGACAGCAGAUAAAGAUCUCUAUAGAGAAUGACUAUCUAGGACCCAGAAGAAUUGAGAGUCUACAAAAAGAAGAUGCUGAUUGGCAGAGAAAAGCUCAUAUGGCUGUGCUCUCUAUUCAAGAUCUUACAGUUAAAUACUUUGAAAUAACAGCUAAAACACAGAAAGCUGUAUAUGAUCGAAUGCGAGCAGACCAGAAAAAAUUUGGCAAGGCAGCAUGGGCAGCAGCAGUGGAACGUAUGGAAAAGCUUCAGUAUGCAGUUUCUAAGGAGACUUUGCAGUUGAUGCGUGCUAAAGAAAUCUGUUUGGAGCAGAAGAAACAUGCACUGAAAGAGGAGAUGCAGAGCCUGAAAGGUGGUACAGAAGCCAUAGCCCACUUGGACCAGUUAGAAGCUGAUUAUUACGAUCUACAGCUUCAAUUAUAUGAAGUGCAGUUUGAGAUCCUGAAAUAUGAAGAGCUGCUGCUGACAGCACAACUGGAAAGCAUCAGGAGAAUGAUGUCAGAAAAGAGAGAUGAAGUGGUAUAUUAUGACACUUACGAAAGUAUGGAAGCCAUGCUGGAGAAAGAGGAUAUGGCAACACCUAUACAUGUACAGAAAGAGGAGCUGCAGAAGUUACAGCAAAAAAUCCGCCAGCUGGAAGCAAGACGUGGACGUAUUUCAGCCAAGAAAGCCUACCUCAGAAAUAAGAAGGAGAUCUGUAUUGCAAAGCAUAAUGAAAAGAUCCAGCAACGUCACCAGAGUGAGGAGGAAUACAAAAUGCACCACGCUGUUCAGCUUAAGCGAGAUCAGUUACAAGAUGAAGAGGAAAGAAAGAGCUCCUGGGUUAGCCAGGAACGACAGAAAACACUGGACAGACUUCGAACAUUUAAACAGCGGUACCCUGGGCAAGUAAUACUUAAAUCAACCAGACUACGGCUGGCUCACGCAAGAAAAAAAUGCGCAGCCAGCUCAGUCUCCAAUCAGCCUCAAUCUUUGCCAGCAACUAUACAAAUCCAAGAGAAAAGUGAAGAGGUGGAAUUGGAGAAUACAGUUCAGCCGUUGCAAGUGCAGGAAUCCACAAGCUUAGAACAACUUCAAGAUAUCUCGUUACCUCCCAAUGGUGUUACCUCUGAACUGCCUCAUGUUAGUACUUCUCUACUCACCAAUCAUGAGCUUCAAUCAGAGACUGUUUCUGUAGUACCACUUCCACCCCCUUUGCCUCCACCACCACCACCUCCGCCUUUGCCCUCCAAGGAAGAUGCCACCAAAUCCUUAGAGAGAAGCGAAAGCUUUGUUAAACGUCAAAGUGAGGAGAAGGGAGUCCAGCACUCUUCUGGUGUCCCACCAGCACAUCUCUUUGACAGCAGUCAGCUAGUCAGUGCCAAGAAGAAGCUUAAGAAAACAGGUGAUCUUGAGCGUUUACAGAGGAGGAGAGUGAGUUCCCCAAUGGAUGAAGUGCUGGCUUCCUUGAAACGUGGCAGCUUUCACUUAAGAAAAGUUGAGCAGAGAAGUCUCCCUCCUUUUCCUGAUGAAGAUGAUAGCAAUAACAUCUUGGCACAAAUCAGGAAAGGGGUGAAACUGAAGAAGGUGCAGAAAGACGUUUUGAGAGAAUCCUUUACAAUUCUGCCUGAUACUGACCCUCUGACAAGGAGCAUCCAUGAAGCAUUGAGACGAAUUAAGGAAGCGUCACCUGAAUCAGAGGAUGAAGAGGAGAGUUUGCCUUGCACAGACUGGGAAAAUUAACCUGUGAUUCACAGCCACUGAUAGGAGAAAAGAAACCUCAGUUGAAGAUCACU